AACACAUGUAUACUUGUUCGCAACAAAUAGUAGGGCCUAUACCAAGUAUUAAAUCAAUGCGUUGUUUUUAGACUACGAUGUUGCUGAACGUAUUGUUAGGGUGGCUGACGCUAGCAAUUUUUGUAGCUAGUUCGACUGUCGCCAGAAUUGUAUCUACUGUUGAUCAAACUUUUCUUUUACAGGACGGGGACAGUGAUUUUCUGUUUGAUUCAUUUCCAGAAGACUUUGUUUGGGCCGUAGCCACAGCUGCAUACCAAAUUGAAGGCGCUUGGAAUGAAGAUGGAAAAGGUGAAAGUAUAUGGGAUGUGUUCACAAGUGAACCUGGUAAAGUGGACAAUGGUGACAAUGGUCGAGUCGCCUGUGACAGCUAUCACAAGUACAAGGAAGAUGUCCAGUUGUUAAAACAGCUUGGAGUCACUCACUACAGAUUUUCCAUCGCCUGGACUCGUAUCUUACCUGAUGGUACAACAAAAUCAAUUAACCAGCUUGGAUUAGACUAUUAUCACAGGUUGAUUGCCGAACUUAAGUCUAACGGGAUAGAACCUAUGAUAACACUUUAUCAUUGGGACUUGCCUCAGGCAUUGGAACUCAAGGGUGGUUGGCUAAAUGAGGACACAAUCGAACAUUUCAAAAACUUUGCAGAUCUUUGUUUUAGAGAGUAUGGCUCAGAGGUAAAAUUGUGGAUUACUUUGAAUGAACCAUGGGUGGUCUCAAACCUGGGUUAUGGGGUUGACCAGAUGGCUCCAGGUCACUGGGGUCCUGGAACCAAUGUGUACAUAGUUGCUCAUAACCUCAUCAAAGCUCAUGUGUCUGUGUACAAACUCUAUAACAGCACAUACAGAUCACUUAGUCCUAGUGGGCAAGGUCAAAUUGGAAUUACUCUAGAUAUUCAUAAUGACAUGCCCAAAAACAGAUCAAAUUCUGAUGAUGUUGAAGCAGCGGAAAGAGGCAGACAGUUUCGAUUUGGUUGGUUUGCAAGCCCCAUUCUUCUGACAGGAGACUAUCCAGAUGUAAUGAAAACACAAAUAGCCAAUAAAAGCAGGAUGUUAGGUCAGCAAACCAGAUUGCCAACAUUCACUGCUGAGGAGAUAAGGAACAAUAAAGGUUCAGCUGACUUUGUUGGAAUUAAUUAUUAUAUGUCCAUGUACGCUACACCAGCCAUCUUACCCUAUGAUCCACCUAGUUAUGAGAAUGAUAUGGACAUCAAAAGAGAGAUAGAUCCUGCUUGGGUUGGGUCAGGCUCAUCAUGGCUGUAUAGUGUACCCUUGGGUUUUCGUGAGAUUUUAAAUUGGAUUAAAACAACAUACAACAAUGUUCCGGUUUACAUCACUGAAAAUGGUGUUUCUGACAGAAAUGGUACCCUCAGAGAUGCUCACAGAAUUACAUACUAUAGACAGCAUAUUAAUCAAUUAUUGAAAGCCAUAAAACUUGAUGGCUGUGAUGUCAGAGGCUACACAGCUUGGUCGCUGAUGGACAAUUUUGAGUGGGCCAGAGGUUACUCAGAGAGAUUUGGCUUGUACCAUGUGAACUUUAAUGAUCCAAAUAAGACUAGAACACCCAAAGCCUCUGCUCAGUUCUAUGCUAAUCUAAUAAGAGAUAAUGGAUUUAAAAAAGGUUACAGUGGUAAGGGAGGCCAAUCUACUGGCAUUGUCUACAAAGAAAAUGACUUUGAAGUACUUUAUGAUCAGUUUCCUGAUGACUUUGCUUGGUCCACAGCAACAUCAGCAUAUCAGAUUGAAGGGGCUUGGAACAUUGAUGGUAAGGGUCCUAGUAUCUGGGAUACAUGGGCUCAUGCUGGAAAAAUAGUUAACAAUGACACAGGCGAUGUUACCUGCGACAGUUAUCACAAAUACAAAGAGGAUGUACAACUGCUGAAAAAUUUAGGAAUAACUCAUUAUCGUUUUUCCAUUUCUUGGUCUCGAGUGAUGGCUGAUGGCACUCCAAAUACCAUAAAAGAAGCUGGAUUACAGUAUUACAGUAAUGUCAUUGAUGAGCUUCUGGCCAAUAAUAUACAACCAAUGAUCACUUUGUAUGUCUGGGAUCUUCCUCAAGCCUUACAAGACAAAGGUGGUUGGUUAAAUGCCAGCAUACAGGAAAAUUUUGUUGAGUACAGUCGACUAUGUUUUCAGAGGUUUGGAGACCGGGUAAAAAAAUGGUUAACAUUCAAUGAGCCUCCUAUCAUUGCUAUCAAUGGCUAUGGUGAUGGUGAUAUGGCACCAGGUCACAAAGACCCUGGCAGUGGAGUCUACAUUGUAGGUCAUAAUGUGAUUUUAGCACAUGCAAAGACGUAUAGGAUGUAUGAGCUGGAGUUCAAGACUCUACAAAAAGGUGAAGUGGGAAUAAUAAUAAAUCUAGACUGGCCAGAACCAUUGGAUGCUCUGAAUGUUGAAGAUAUGGAUGUAACAGAACGAAGUAUAAAUUUUUAUGGUGGCUGGUUUGGACAUCCAAUAUUUAUUAAUGGAGACUACCCAGAGGUUAUGAAAGAAAGAAUAGCAGAAAGAAGCAAAUCACAAGGAUUGUCGCACAGUCGUUUGCCUGAAUUUACAGAUGAAGAAAAGCAUAUUAUAAAUGGUUCUGCUGAUUUUUUUGGUUUAAAUUUUUACACCUCUGUGUAUGUCACUAAUGAUCCCCAAGUCCCAUCCAAUCCACCAAAUUAUUACAAUGAUGAAGAAAUCAGAAGUGAAACUGCUCCUAAUUGGAUUGGGUCUGGAUCAUCCUGGUUAAAAGUGACUCCAUUUGGUAUUCGUAAAAUCUUAAACUGGCUCAAGUACAACUAUAACAAUGUCCCAGUUUACAUCACAGAGAAUGGUAUUAGUGACCGCAAUGGUACACUACAUGAUUGGCAUAGGGUGCACUAUUACCGUCUUUACCUCAGUGAAGUCUUGAAAGCUAUAAAACUUGAUGGAUGUAAUGUCAAAGGCUUCACAGCUUGGGCCUUGAUGGAUAACUUAGAGUGGGAUCAGGGUUUCAAUGAAAAGUUUGGGCUUCACUAUGUUAAUUUUAGUGACCCAAGUCUUCCACGUAUACCUAAAGCAUCUGCCCAGUUUUAUAAAACUCUGAUUGCUGACAAUGGUUUCAAGCCUGGCUACACACAACCUGGUGGAUGGGGUACAGCAGUGGCUCUCACUGACAACUUCCUGUAUGGCAAAUUUCCAGAGUCUUUCAGUUGGGGCAUGGCAACAGCUAGUUACCAGAUAGAAGGAGGAUGGAAUGAAGAUGGUAAAGGUGAGAGUAUAUGGGACAGACACAGUCAUACACCUGGUCGAGUACAAAAUGGUGAUACUGCAGACAUUACUUGUGACAGCUACCACAAGUUAGAGGAUGAUAUACGAAUAUUAAAAGAUCUUGGGGUGACACAUUAUCGUUUUUCCAUAUCUUGGUCCAGAGUCAUGGCUAAUGGACUACCUCCCUCUAAUCCUGCUGGAGUGGCUUACUAUAAAAGACUUAUUGAUAGGCUUACUGAGCUGGGUAUAACACCAAUGGUGACUCUAUAUCAUUGGGAUCUACCCCAAGCCUUGCAAGAUAAAGGUGGUUGGUUGAACCCAAAUAUUACAAGUUGGUUUAGAGAUUAUGCUGACCUUUGUUUUACAGAAUAUGGCUCUAAAGUUAAAAAAUGGAUUACAUUCAAUGAGCCCUGGGUCUUCACCAUUGCUGGUUAUGGUAGAGGAAAUGAUCCACCAGGACAAACUGACAUGAAGAAUGGGCCCUACAGGGCAGGGCAUAAUGUAUUGAAAGCUCAUGCUGAAGCAUAUCAUUUGUAUUAUGAUAAAUUUAAAGCCACACAACAAGGUGAAGUUGGCAUAGCAUUGAACAGUGACUGGUUUGAACCCCGAGACCCUGUGAACCCUAGUGAUAUUAGGGCAUCAGAGCGACGCCUUCAGUUCUGGAUGGGCUGGUUUGGUCAUCCUAUCUUCAUCAAUGGUGACUAUCCUGAUGUGAUGAAAGAAUAUGUUUUAAAUGCUAGUCUUGAGGAAGGUUUAAAAACAUCUAGACUCCCAGAAUUUACUUCUGAACAAAAACAAAGGAUCAAAGGUACUGCUGAUUUUUUGGGCAUCAACCAUUACACAAGUACAGUAGUGUAUGAAGGAGAAGGGACUGAUCCUGGAUAUUUCAAUGAUCAGAAAGUUUUAGAAUCUAAAGAUCCUUCAUGGCGCACUUCCUAUUGGCCAUAUUCUUUCAUUAAUCCACUUGGUAUGAGGAAGAUUCUAAAUUGGAUGAGAAAAGAGUAUGGAAAUGUAACAAUAUACAUCACAGAGAACGGGGCAGGUGAUGGCAAUGGAACCUUAAAUGACAACCAUAGAAUACUCUACUUGCAAGAUUAUAUAAAUAAUGUACUUAAAGCUAUUCAACUGGAUAAGAUUAACAUCAAGGGCUACACGUUGUGGUCUCUCAUGGACAACUUUGAAUGGUCUAGUGGUUAUUCUGUCAAAAUGGGCUGCUACCAAGUCAAUUUCAGUGACCCUACAAGGACAAGAACUCCCAAGUCAUCGGCCAGAUACCUGUAUGAGCUAUUCAGGUCCAACGGCUUUAUUCAAGGUAGUGCUACAGACCCAAAAGUCAGAGAAGGUCUCAAGUAUGAGGAUUCAUUUUACUAUGGUCAGUUUCCAGAUGAAUUUUCAUUUGGUGUUUCAUCAGUUGGUGUUGAUGUUCAGAGUAUAGUUUCAAGUGAAGGCAAAACUUUAAGUACAUGGAGCUUACUAGCAAAUGUAUCCCAUGUCACGCACAGUCUGAUAGAUGUAGGGAGUGAAUUUGCUCAGGAUAUCUCUGCUCUCUCUAAUAUCAAAGCAGAGCAUUACUACUUUACCAUUACCUGGUCACGUCUGCUUCCUGAUGGCAAGUCUGCAGGUGUAAGCCCAACUGGUGUCAAUUACUACUUGACUCUCAUAGACCAACUGCUGGAUGCUGGGAUAGUACCAAUAGUGGCAAUCAAUCAGUGGGAUUAUCCAAGUGCUUUGCAUAACACUAAUGGUUGGCUGAAUGACACUAUGGUUGAUGAGUUUAUUUUCUUAGCCAAAACAUGUUUUGAUUACUUUGGAAGUAAGGUGAAAUAUUGGGUGACCUUCUCUCUUCCUGAAUACACCCCAUAUGUCAUGUCCUUAUUCAGCAAGGCACAAGUGUAUAAGGUAUACAGUAACAUUUUAUUGGCACAUGCUAGAGUCUACCAACUCUACUCAUCAAACUACAAGGCAGCUCAAGAAGGUCAACUUGGAAUUUCUUUACAACCAGCCAUUGGUCAACCAAUCAACCCAAAUGACCCCAGUCAUGCAGCUGAAGCUUAUACCCUUAUAGAUUACAGCUUUGGCCUAUUUGCUGAUCCAAUUUACUUGGAUGGAGAUUUUUCAUCAGAAGUGAAACAAGUUGCUGGCUCUAACUUGAAGCAGUUGUCAGAGUCUGAGAGACAGCUGAUUAAAGGUAGUGCUGACUUCUUUGGUCUGGAAUACUAUGGCACUAUGGAAGUUGGAAGAGAUGGAUAUGGACAAUUAUAUCCUAACUUGUCUGGAGUAAAUCCCAAAGGUCUACGCAGACUUCUGGAUCUUGUACAAGGGCGCUAUGGCAACAUCCCCAUAAUGAUAACUGGAAAUGGUUUUGGAGAGACUUCAGACAAUGAGUCAGACAGCUUGAGAUCCAGUUUUUUAAUUCAACAUGUGGAUGAAAUUCUAAAAGCAGUCACUCUUGAUGGUAUCAAUGUGAAAGGCUACACCUACAGAUCUUUAACUGAUUCUUUUGAAUUUAAUUCACUUUAUUCACUCAAGUAUGGAUUGGUCAAGGUGGACUUCACUGAUCCCAGUCAUUUGAGGACAUUUAGAGAUUCAUCUAAAACUUUUAGGGAAAUCUCAGAAAACCAUGGCAUUUUAAAGUGAUGCCAUUUUGUUUAUACCAUAGACACUCUGCCUACACUACAUAAGUGAUAAGUGUGGACAAGUUGUUUUGUAACUAAAAAUGUUUCAUGUUGUUUUCUGUUAAUGAGACAAUAAAAUGCAUUUAAAAAA